AAGUCUUGCCUGUGACAGCAGAAGGUCAGCGGCAAGAUGGCAGCGCGCAGCAUGUUGAGGUCUGUGUAUCUGUCUGCUAUAGGUUUUCAGCAUCUCGCUAUAAAUUAUCAACAAAAGAUUUUCCAAAAGUUUACUGGGACUCCAAUAUUAUCUGUUUUGGGGAGCUGUCCGAGCAGAGGCAUCAGAGAAGUGGUGGAGAAAAAAGAUGGAAAAACAACCGUAAUAGAAGGAAAGUUAGUUGCUACUCAACCUCAGCCUGAACCACCAAACCCUUCUGGGCAGUGUCCAAUCUGCCGUUGGAACCUGAAGCACAAGUAUAAUUACACAGAUGUGCUGCUGCUCAGCCAGUUCAUCCGGUCGGAUGGGGGGAUGCUGCCUCGCCGUGUCACCGGACUGCGCACAGAAGAGCACCGAAAGAUCGAAGUGUGCGUGAAAAUGGCACACAGAGCUGGACUGCUUCCAGACCACAAGCCACUUUUGCCAGAGGGUCAUGUUCCAAAGAAACAAAAGCCACAGCUAAAUAGGUAUUUAACCCGUUGGUCUGUUGACACAGUGAAGCCUAUUUGGAAAAAAGGACUGAAAUGGUGCAAGAAACCAAUGCCUGUAGGCCACUAUAAACUGCAAGAUAAUGUCCAAUAUGGGAAGAAACCAUACUAUAUAAACCACUGAAAAAUGUUACAAAAUCUGAUAAUUAAAAGCAAAUGCAAUAACAAAUACAUGGUAGAAUUUUUUCAUUCAUCCACCUAUUUUUAUCCAUUCAAGGUUUGAAUAUUUAUACUGGCCAGAUAAAAAAACAUCAUAGAUUUGUGAAAAAUUGUAUAAAGGCAUUAGCUGUACACUUUGCAGAACUGUAUUUCUUUCCAUAGCUUUGUAAUAUACUGAAACUACCUGGAAUGUAAUGUACAGUUUAUAGGCUAGUGUACAUUUUUUGUCACAAAUAAAUGCUGUAAAAGUUUAAUUUGAAAUGCAUUUUAUUGACAGUGCAUUUACAUUCAAAUUUUCGAAUUGUAAUCAUAUACCAAACAUUUGUUUUGUACUUUAAAAAAGAGAAAGGAAUUAUCUGGUAUGUGUCUUGUGUUUGACAAGGUCCCAAAAUAAAGUACUAUGUAAAUAAAAAUACCUGUGUUGCCAUAUAAAUAAAAUACCUUUGUUUCAA